AUGGCUUCCUUUAAUAGCUCGCUACCGAAGGCCAUUGACAAGAGGAGAAAGUCUGUGUCGAACGUGAUAGCGUCCUCGUUCUCCAAGGCAGCAGGACAGCUCCACGACAACUCAUUCUCGUUUGAUCAGCAAGGAGGAAGAGGAUAUGUUAUUGGAAGUUUCAAACAAAAUUCAGCAUUUACUCCUUUGAAUUCUGCCAAAGGAACUCCCACCGUCCAUUCGGGAGUAUCCAUUCAGGAAAAGACGAUAGACCUAGCCAGUGUUGGAGUCCCUGACUUCGAUGAAAGGGUUAGUGAGGAAGAAGUCGACGAGCCAGUCGGAUCCGAUAUCGACAAGUCAUACGACUUUUCAUUUGAUAAACAAUCGACGAAAUCCAAUGCGAAGGCUUCGCGAUUAUCAGAGAUGCUGGAUGAUGGUCCCAGUUACGGUGGUGCGUCGGUUCCCUCGUGGGAGCAAGCAGGCACGCCCAAAGAGACAACUCCUCUCAGUUCGGUUCAUGACCCAUUCAGAUCGUACACCACUGCUGCGGAAGCUGAAGAGGCCCUCACACCCACUGCCUCGAGAGAACAAUACGAUUUCGAGUCUCAGCAGACCAGGCUCAGCUCAGGUAUCCAGACGCUGAUGAACCUAUUGCCCAAAGACUCCAACGAUGCCUUCCAGGAGUUGGUAAUAAGACCAGUUGGAUAUAUGCCAGCAGUAUUUUUGGGAGUGCUUCUCAACAUCUUGGAUGGACUUUCAUAUGGUAUGAUCAUGUUUCCUAUUAGCGAGGCCACGUUCGGCAAGCUGGGUCCAGUUGGCUUGUCCAUGUUUUAUGUUUCGUGUGUGGUGUCUCAAUUGGUGUAUUCUCUUGGAGGAUCUGCUUUCAAGUCUGGAAUUGGAUCAGAGAUGAUUGAGGUUACUCCCUUCUUUCAUUCCAUGGCCCUGAGCAUUCUCACAGAUAUGAGAAUUGGAGAUGGGGAAGUACCAGACAAUGCUGCUGCCAUUGUGAGUACUGUAGUAUUCACGUAUGCCCUUUCGUCUAUCGUUACUGGUAUUGUGUUUGGUCUUCUUGGAAAGUUCAAACUGGGUUCUCUGGUUGGUUUCUUCCCCAGACACAUACUGGUAGGAUGUAUUGGAGGUGUGGGAUACUUUCUGGUCGUGACUGCGAUUGAGGUUUCCUCCAGACUGGAAGGCGGACUUGAAUACAACUUACCCACAUUGAGGUUCUUGCUGGAACCUUUGGCGUUUAUGCAAUGGGUGAUACCCUUGUUCAUGGCUGGUAUACUUGUUGUGAUACAGCAUUACAAUAAAAAUGCCCUUAUUGUUCCUGCUUACUUCAUCAUGAUGUUUCUGUUGUUUCAUGCGAUUAUCCUGGUUGCACCGCAAUGGGAUCUGAAAAUGGCAAGGGAAUAUGGCUGGGUGUUUGAUGCUCCUGCAUCCAACGAGCCAUGGUACUCUUUCUACGAACUGUAUGACUUCAAGGCAGUUGAUUGGUUCGUAGUAGUACGUCAGGUUCCCACAAUGCUGGCCUUGACGUUUUUUGGGAUUUUGCAUGUUCCCAUCAAUGUUCCUGCCUUGGCAGUUACAGUAGGAAUGGAUGAGUUUGAUGUGGAUAGAGAACUUCUCGCUCACGGAAUCUCAAAUACUCUCUCAGGCCUAAUUGGGUCCAUCCAGAACUACCUGGUCUACACCAACAGUGUGUUGUUCAUUAGAGCAGGUGCGGAUUCAAGAUUGUCUGGUGUAAUGCUGGCCAUUGGUACUGCUGCAGUUAUGAUGGUCGGUCCUGGGAUCAUUGGUUUCAUUCCUGUUUGUGUGGUUGGAGCUCUGAUCUAUUUGCUGGGCUACGAGUUGUUGAGAGAAGCUCUGUUUGACACAUAUGGUCGCUUGAGAGGGUUUGAAUACCUCACCAUCAUCAUUAUUGUCGUUGUAAUGGGUGCCUGGGAUUUUGUGUACGGUAUUUUGGCGGGAAUCUUACUGGCUUGUGUGUCUUUCGUUGUGCAAGCAGCAACCAGUCCAGUUGUAUCAGGAAUAUUCACUGGUGCUUACGCAAGAUCGGUUGUUGUUAGACACCCUAAACAGCAAGAGUUUCUAAAGACGGUGGGAAAUCAGAUAUACAUAAUGAAGCUGCAAGGUUCCCUUUUCUUUGGGUCUAUUGGUGGUUUGGAGAGAAAAAUCAGAUAUAGGUUCGAGGAUCAGAUCUUCUCAAAAGAACCAAUAAGAUAUCUCAUUCUGGACAUGCACAAUGUGUUGUCAGUUGAUUUCUCGGCGGCCGAAGGAUUUAGAAGAAUACGCAAUCUUAUCAUUGAGAAAGAGUGUUAUCUUAUAAUUUCAUCGGUUACUGAGACGGGAAGUGAAAUGGUGCAAGCUCUUCGUGAUUCUGGUCUUUGGGAAACUGACGAGCAUAAUAAGAGAAUUCAGUUGUUCACAAACCUGAAUUCGGCUCUGGAAUGGUGCGAGAAUACCUUCUUGGAAACAUACCGGGAUAUCAAACAACUCCAUUAUAUUCCUCAGGCCAAACCGUCUAUGGUAACUGCCCUUGGUAAAGACUUUGUGAGUCCGAAGACCAGAAGCUCAGUUGUUGGAAAAAGAAGUCAAUCGACUAUGUCACUUAUGGAUGAUAGUGGAGUCGCCUUUGGUUCUCCCAGACAAGCUCAGCUGGUUUCAGCUGCAAAAAAGUCACUAAAGGAUGAAACCAAGAAUGCCUCUAACUAUUAUCAAAGACGCACCUCGGCUGCUGUUGGUAUGCCAUUGAUGCAGCCACCAAUCCCCCUACUUCUUACUGUUCUUCAAUCGGUUUCUCGGGUCGAAGAUAGCUUCUGGGUGAAACUUGUUCCUUAUCUCCAGAAAGAAGUGGUUGCAUCUGGUUCGAAAUUCUACAAUAACCACCAAGAUCCUCCAAGCUUUUUCUUUGUGGAAUCAGGACUGAUCUCUGCCAAAUAUGAGUUCGUGAACAGCGGUUUUAUUCUGACUUCUAGUGUCCUUCCGUUGGUUGGAUUUGGUGACCUAGAACGAAUUAUCACCGAAAGGGCAGUUCAAUAUACGGCCACCACGGAAGUAGUGGUUUGGAGGUUGGGCCAUGCAAAACUCGAAAAGCUGCGUGUUGAAAACGUGGAAGUUUUCACUGAGCUGCUGAUGGUUGCCUUGACGUUGUUGAAUGAUAGGUUUGAUGCUGUUUCUUCAAACUUGUUGAUAUCGAGUUGA